CUGGAUGCUUUUUGCCAUUCUGAUGGUAAAUGAUGCGACAGGCAACCAUGGAUUUCAGCACUCCAUCUGUGUUUGAUCAGCAAAAAGGUGAUUCAUCUGAGGAAGUUGACCUGACCAUGGUUUAUCAGGCAGCAUCUAAUGGAGAUGUCAAUGCUUUGACUGCAGUGAUUCGGGAAGACCCCUCCAUCCUAGAAUGCUGUGACAGUGAAGGGUGCACACCCUUGAUGCAUGCGGUUUCUGGACGUCAAGUGGACACAGUGAAGCUGCUGUUGAAGAUGGGGGCCAAUAUUAACACCCAGGAUGCCUAUGGCCGCACGAGUCUAUGCCUGGCAACCUACCUGGGCUGGCUGGAAGGCUGUGUGAGUCUGCUCAGAAAUGGUGCCAAACACAAUAUCCCAGAUAAGAAUGGCCGUCUGCCACUGCACUGCCACUCCUCUUCUGUUUUUCUUUACAGGCUCUUAACAGUCCUGGUGCAGCAGUCAAAUUUCAGCGAGAUUAAUCACCAGGACAAUGAGGGAAUGACACCACUCCACUGGGCAGCUUUCCACAACCAGCCUCAACACACCCAAAUGCUGCUGAAGAAGGGGGCAGACCCCACCCUUGUGGAUAAAGACUUUAAAACGGCUCUCCACUGGGCAGUCCAGAGUGGAAAUAGAAUUCUGUGUUCCAUCAUUCUGAGCCAUCACCAGGGUCCGACCAUUAUCAACUAUGAUGAUGAGAGUGGAAAGACAUGUGUGCACAUCGCCGCAGCAGCAGGUUUCAGUGACAUUAUUACAGAACUGGCAAGAGUCCCUGAGUGUAACCUGCAGGCUCUGGAUGUGGACGACAGGACACCUUUGCACUGGGCUGCAGCUGCAGGGAAGGCAGAAUGUGUGCAGUCACUGCUAGAGUUGGGGAUGGACAGCAACCUCCGAGACAUCAACGAGAGUACGCCCCUGGCCUACGCCCUGUACUGCGGCCAUGUGGCCUGUGUUAAACUCCUCUCCCAAGAGAGCAGAACAGAGCCUACACAACCCCUUCCUUCCCAGAACAGUAGACCCCAGAAGAAGGAGGGGCGUUUCGGCACACUCAAUCAAAUCUUCUGCAAAAACAGGAAAGAAGAACAGAGGGCCUAUCAGAAGUAUCACAGCAGGGACGCACACAGCGGGGAGAACAGCUCGGAAGUUGAUGACAUCAUCACCACCUUUGACAGCACUGUGGAUACCAACUGCCAAGAACAGCCUGGUGAUCAGGUGGCUAUGGUUGACUUUAAAAAGAGGAUCUCAGAGAAUUCAAAAUACCUCUUGCCGGAAAAGAAGCCUCUGGCAUAUAAGGGGCUUCCACCAAUCAGAACGCAGAGUCUCCCACCCAUCACCCUGGGCAAUAACUUCCUGACGGCCUCCCAUGGGGCUAUUUCCCAUGCUGGCCUGAGCUCUGGUACUCAUCACCUGGCCCAGCCAUCUCAGAAAAGCCGGAGUGAGCAGGAUUUAUUGACUAACAGAACUGGCAGCCAGGCAUUGCUAGAUAACCCCUGGAGAGGUGACUCUAGCCAGGUGUUCUGCAAAGCUUGGACUACGUCUUCUGAUAAGCUGCUAGACAGGUUGCUCACCAGCAAAUCCAGUCACCAGGAAGUCUCUGUGCCUCCAUAUCUUCCUCAUCUACAUAAUCCUUCAUCAGGACAAAAUUUUCAGCAUCUCUCCCCAAAUAGACCCAAAAUCAGGGAUCUUCCUUUUACCAGGAACAACCUAGCUCCCCUACCAGACCAAAAAUUUCUAUCUGGAGAACCUCUACGAACAAACCGAGUGCUUCCUGCUAUUCCAAGCCAACGGGGACACAACAUACCUGCUGAAGAGAGUGAAAACUCUGCUAAUCCUACCAAUGAUAAAAAUUAACUGUGGGUCAUUGACU